AGGACGCUACAGCUGUCGCCAUUUUGCGUUGUCAAUGUAAACUACCGGCCGAGGUUCAGAUAAAAGGUGUGAAUAAUUGACGUUUACAAUCCAGACAUUUGUUGUGAUAGGCCUGUGCGUAAGUGUUAGGUGAAGAAAAAGUAACCUGUUUUUUGGUAAAUUUCAGUCCAUGGUAAUCUCCAGCUGUCAAGGGGCCAUUUCAGCAGCACAUAUAGUAACGUAAACUAUCAUUCCAUCUUACAAAAUAUAUACUGAGGAGUCCUGAGGAGUGGAUAGUCUAUAAUCUUUUCACUGGAAACAUUGCCAUAGUGUGAACACACCAACAUUCACCAAAACAGCUGCUGUCUGAACAUGCCCUAUCUGUAUGCACAAGCAACAUAUUGACCUGUUCAUGCAUGAACCAGAGAUGUUCAGACAUGGAAGAUAUGAACGCUAACAUGAUGGGGGCUUAUGAGAAGCCUCUCUCCCUCUGGCGCUUAGUGGAGGAGUUGGUGUCACCUGGAGAAAGACCAGACAUCAGAGAUAUUCUCGGCUCUUCCCUUGUCGAGCAGAGUCUGGAACUGCAUGAAGAGGUUGAUAAUCUGCUGAGCAUAUGGCAGGACUAUCGGGCGGAGACAGAAGAAGACAUCCCUGCAUCCCCCGUCAAUGUUCUUCCAGAGCCCCCUGGGAUGAGAGACUACCUUAAGACCCACAUCAGAAUGCUCCUGGAGAGUGUGAGGGAGAGGGCAAAGGACGAGGGCAGAGAUGUGGAUGGACUCCUUUCAAGGCACAACAGUGACGUCUUGGAUUAUGUCAGUGAUGAACUGCCAGGAAAUACUAGUCCCGGGAUGACCCUCCAGAGACCUGGCAGCUCCAUGAGUAGUAGAGAUGGAAGAGAGACUCCUAUGAGAAUGACACCGAGCAGUGACAGUGAUGGAAUGUCAGCCACCUCUACGGUGAGUGACCAGGUGGACUCUGUCAAAGACCAACUCAACAUACUACGGAUAGAUGAGGUGACCAACCAACUCAGAUCCAUGUUAGAGGAUGAGAUCUCCCAGCUUCUCAAGGAUACAGUGUUCCUCCAGGAAUGCCUUGAAGAUGAGAGUGAUUUCAGGAGCCAGUCUAGAAUGUCGAUAGUCAUCAGAGAGCCUUCAAUACAAGAAUUGAAGGAGGAGAGAAAGAAACUGGAGAAAGAGGUCCAGAGUGCCCCACCCCCGACCUCUGUCAGUGUCAUGAAUUCUGUGAAGCCACGCAGCUUGACAAACUCACCCAACCGGAGACUUCCAAGUCCUCUUAGUCCAACGACUCCUGGGAGUGCCAAGUUCCGUCCAUCGCCCCCUCCUUCGGCUGGCAACGCCGGAAGAGCCGCGCCUGUCAAAGCAGUCCACAAGCUCCCCACAUCCCAUCUUCCACCUGCACGCCGUGCCAGCGAUACGCAUCUCUCCACAGAAACAAACUCAAGUAGAACAGCCAGGGUUGGCACUAAGACAUCUAUACAGUCUAGGACCGAACUGUCUAAUAAGCCAAGGUCCCCGAUUCGGAGCUUGCGCGGUGCAGGGCCAGAAUCGCCAACAAACAUGGUACCGUCGCCACCGUCUUCGGCAAGGCCUCCUGCGGGCAGAUCUGGGAGCGGGGGAUCAGGGAGGUUAAGACAAAGGGUGCUUGAUGCCAAGCAGAGCAGGUGAUACUAUGCAUCAUAGCGAAGUUGUGUUGUGUGUGAUUCUACUGAAGUCUACUGAAGGAAUCAGGAAUCUGUGCCACGUUGUUACCUUGCAAGUGUGUUGUGUGUGAUUCUACUCAAGUCUACUGAAGGAACGUUGUUACCACCAUGCAGGUUCUUGAAUGUGGACUCUGUCUGCUUGAACUUGUAUGCUUGACGGAGAAUUGAUGUUACCAUUUGUCCUACAGGUUGAAAUGCACAGGGUACCAGAAGCAAAGCAAACAUGUGAUGCUUAGUCUCUUAUAGCACGGUACACAUUUUAUCAUCAAAGUAAACAGGAAUCAUCUGCACAAGGUGACCAUGCAGAUUCGUUGAUGUGGCAUCCGUCUGUUAAUUUAUUGAGCCUUCUAGAAGUAAAGCAGAAUUGAUUUGAUCAGUUGCAGGCAGGGAUCUUGCCAGGAGAUCAAACCCUUGUUGCUGACAUCAGAAAAACUACCAAGGGUGAAUUCUCUGGAGAUUGGUAAUAAAUACGUCAAUGCCUAGUCGCCUU